GUGUUUGGGAAAUCUUGAAAACACAAAACAUCUGUGAGCAGCAAAAAUGGCUGUAGACCAAGCGACGGUGUAUUUAGUAAUGAUGGCGAUCGUAGGCAUAAUUAUGUUACUUGCUUCGAUAUUCUGCAACGAUAACAAGAAAGGAAAGCGUGCAGAAAGAGAUGGUGGAAGGCAGCCAGCUGCCAGGGCUAGAGAUGAAAAUCUGCCUCAAGGGGUCAGAAGAAGAGGGAGAAGAAACAGAAUGGCCAAUCGAGGGGACGAAUCUGAUGACGAUGAUUUACCCAAUGCUCCUGAUGAGUUUAAUCCAUUUGAGGAUUUCGAGGGAGAAGAGAAGAAGAUUGGUAAGAAGAAGAUGUUGAAGUUGCAGGCCAAGGAGGAAAGAAAGCAGCAGCGUUUGGCAGAGGAAGAGGAACGGAAAGAGAGAAAAGAGCGUGAAGCACUCCUGGAAAAACAACGUAAAAAAGAAGAGGAAAUAGCAAAAGCCGAGGAGGCUGCCAGGGCUGAGGAGGAGAGGAUCCGUAAGGAGGAGGAGGAGAGACGAGAACAUGAGGAGUACCUGAAGAUGAAGGAGGCCUUCAGUGUAGAGGAGGAGGGGGAGGAGGAUAUAGGACCAGACCUCUCAUCACAGUCACUUCUUCAAGAAUUUAUUGACUACGUUAAGGAAAUGAAGGUUAUCAUGCUGGAAGACUUAGCUGCCCAUUUUAAAAUCAAGACUCAGGAUGCUGCUGAUCGAGUUAAAGAACUACAGAUUGAAGGUCGUUUGACGGGGGUAAUGGAUGACAGGGGAAAAUUUAUAUUUAUUACAAUGGAGGAACUCGAAUCUGUGGCCAAAUUCAUUAAACAGCAUGGCAGAGUGUCAAUAUCAGACUUAGCAGAGUCCAGUAAUCGCUUAAUUAACUUAAAUCCGGACAAUGCAGAGGUUCAGAAAAGACUUCUGUCUGAAGUUAGUGCCUGAAGUCUGUGUAUUGUUUAGGUACCUGUGAUAGUUGAAUAAUAAUGGGACAUGAAAGGGAAAAAGAUCAACAUGUUUAUUUAUAAUCUGUUAAAGAAUUCUUAGUGUGUACAAUGGCAUCAGAGAUUCAUUGUUGGUGGUUGGAAUUUCUGAAGGUGCCAUACAGAAUAUUUAAUUGGAUGCUAUCAUUGCAGUGAUUAUAUAACUAAUUUAGUAUCAAAUUGCUGCAGAAAUGUUUGAGAGGGAUUAAAUUAUGUUUGUUUCUGGUUAAGACUCCUCAGCAAAAUUAAUGUUUGACAUCAUUUGAUAGGCUGCAUUAAUGACUGUUCUUUAAUUGAUUACAUUGCAAACAAAUCAGACAUCAAGGUUCUGGAUAUGGACCCAUGUAAUUCUAACCCACACAUUUUUUUUUAUCUACAGUUAAAUAGAAUUUUCACAAGAUAGUUGUUACUGUUUUUAUAUUUCUUGUAUUUAUGAAAGAUGUUAUGUAAAAUGUCUGUUAAAUUUGGAAACCAAAUGUAUAUCAGUAUCAGGGACACUGUUUCCACCCUGUAUUACUACUAUAAACAAUGUUCUUAUUUUUUUUUGUGCAAUACAUUUUGAAUUAAACACUUGAUCACAUUAAUUA